ACAUAUUGUAAUGCUUAUUGAUAUGAUUUGUAAAGUUCAUUGAGGUUUUUUGAAACAUGGUUAAAAUACAAUGUUUAGAGAAAAUUGUUGAUUAUAAAUUGUUUAUAUUGUGUUUAAAAAUGAAAAGCUUUUCUGUAUGUAAUGUUCCUUUAAUAAUGCGUAAUGCGUCACAUGACUAAGAGAGGGAGUGAAGAACUGUGGGUCAGAGAGCAAUGGAUGCGAACAGGUCGUAACACGUGCGGCUCCUUCAAAACGUAUAAUCUCUGCAUAUGGUCCUAAAGGCGCACACGGUGUGUUUGGUGAUGAAGUGAAGUCAGUGUCAGUGAUGGAGGGACAUUCUGUUACUCUACACACUGAUACUCAACUACAGACACAUGAUGUGAUCGAGUGGAGGUUUGGUGUUCAGGGUUCAUUUAUAGCUAAACUGAACAGAGAAGCAAAAACAAAACCAUUUAUCAGUGAGAGAUUGAAGAAUCAUGUAGAGAUAGAUGAUCAGACUGGAUCUCUCAUCAUCACAAACAUCACAACUCAACACACUGGACUUUAUCAACUAGACAUCAUUGGAAAAACUGUUCAAAACAAACACUUCAAUGUUACUGUCUAUGCUGGUCUGUCUGUUCCUGUCAUCUCCAGAGUCUCUUCUCAAUGUUCUUCAUCAUCUUCAUCAUCAUGUUGUUGUGUGUUGUGUUCAGUGAUGAAUGUGUCACAUGAUGUGAGUGUCUCCUGGUACAAAGGAAAGAGUUUAUUGUCCAGCAUCAGUGUGUCUGAUCUCAACAUCAGACUCUCUCUACCUCUGGAGGUGGAAUAUCAGGAUACAAACACAUACAGAUGUGUGGUCAACAAUCCCAUCACAAACCUCACACAACAUCUACACAUCACUCAACUCUGUCACGAGUGUUCAGGUCUCACCUUCAUUCAUAAAGUUGUGAUGUGUUGUGCAGUUGUUGUAUUUCUGAUGAUUGUAACGACACUUCUGAUCUUCUUCAUCAUCUGGAAACACAGAAAAACACUUAAAGAUUAUCAGACCGGUGAAGAUGAGAUCACUUAUGCACAACCAACCUUGUGUGAAAGAACAACACAUAAACCGGAAUCUGAGAUGACGGAGGUGCUUUACACAUAUUACAGCAUUUCAACUAAUUAAAUUAAAAUCAAAUUGACUGAAUUCAGUGUUUAAAACAGAGAUGUAUUUGACUUUUCAUUCACUAUUAAUAUCAUUUCUAUCAUGAAACUCACACAAGUACAUGUUUGAUUGAAAUGCAGUGGUGUGUUGUGUUAUAAUGACCUCUAGUGGUGAGAUGAUGAAACUGAUGUCUGAUAUCUGGAGACUGUGGGUCACCUAAUAAAACCUGUCCAGAUUAAAAUAUCAUUAUACACAAAUCAUUAAGAAUAUAUAAAUAAAUAAAUAUAAAUAAAAUAA